AUGUCCCAAAAUAGACAUGAAGUCAACCUUUUAGACAAGCUGCCCUCGGAAAUGAAAGCACAUAUUCUAAGUUUUCUUCCGAUCCAUGAUAUUGCCAAUGGAGCAGGUCGUGUUGAUAAAUCAUGGUUUGAAUUGGUUUCUCCAUCUCUCACCGAUGAGAUUGUUUCAAACAUGAUCCUUUCAUCACGUAAAAAUACAAAUGAAAUUCUUAACGAUGAUUACACGGUGGAUGUUUGGAAAGAAAUGAUUCAACAAUUUAAAGAUAAAGUUGGUCCGUUGUUAAAACAAGAAGAGCCCAUAAAACCGCUUACCACAUACAAGAAAAGGAACAAAUCAAAUUCUUCAAUUGAUCAGCGAAAUCAUGACGUGAAAGAUGAUCACGAUAUUGCCUUUCAAAAUUUUACUAAACUUUCAGAAUGUAAACAAUUAAUGUUGAACUGGAUGAUAAAAUCAAGGAAAUGUCGUAUUUGUGGAAAAGGUGUACAAAGUUUAAAAGAAUUGCUCACUAGAAAAAUAGUGAGCACUUGUAACUGUCCUGGAUAUAUUUGUAGAGACAGCUGCUUUUUCAAUGAGAGAAUUGCUAAUGAAUCCAUUAAGAGUUGCUCGAAAUGUGGAUACAAGUAUGUCUUAAAACCUUCUAAAAAACACAACUCUGUAUCCACUAAAAUAUUUAAGAAUUAUCCAGUGACUUCACGAUUGGUACUGACAACUGUUUCAUCUCUUUCCAUCAUACUGUUCAUUUAUUCCAUUAUUUCAGGUUUUGGUUAUAUUUUACCUCUGAAUGAUUUAAGUGACGUUUGGAUAUAUUUGGAAGACAUUUGGAUUUUCAAGCAUUUGUUUUUCUGGAAAUAUUUUGUGAAUGGCAUGUCAUAUAUUUGCUUAAUUGGAUAUCUACUUCUGGUGGUGGCUAGUAUCGUUUCUAUGGAUUUUUCAUCUCUCUCGCAAGGUGAUGAAGGUGCUGCUGAAGUAUUAGGUAUUGUCUUGACAGUGGUUGCAGUGGUCACUAUUCCAUACUUGUUCCACAAAUUUUCAAGAAAACACGUCACAAAGAAAGCCAUUCUUGGCUCUCCUGUAGAUAUUUCAAAUCCUUACAGUCGCACUGAAAAUGCACAAGAAGAAGAAUUGAAUGGUGAUUAA